AUGCCAUCGCAGGAACUCAAUGACACAGAUAUCAAGGCACGGCAGGCCAUGUCUCCCUCCCUGCUCCUCAAGUUCCUCUACGGCCUACUCCUUGCCUCGGGUGAGGUGGUGCUGAUAGCCGCCCAGAGCCAUGGCGGCGGCGACGAGGAGGUGCUGGUGGAGCUCAAGCGGUUCCUGGUUGCCAACAACAGGUUUAACCGUGGCGGCUAUGACGGGUGGCAGGAGUCGGACCCGUCUCCCUGUGGGUGGUGGGGCAUCGGUUGCGACGGGAAUGGACGCGUCGAGUCGCUGAACCUGACGGGCUCGGCCAUCUCCGGCCCGGCGUUCGGCAGCUUCUCGCGGCUCUCCGCGCUCACCUCCCUUGACCUCUCUUGCAACUCCAUCACUGGCCCGCUCCCCGACGGCGACCUCAACCAAUGCCACGGCCUCCUGCACCUCAACUUCUCCCAUAACCUUAUCACCGAGUCCUUGAAUGUCACUGGACUGACCAGGCUUCAGGUCCUCGAUGUGUUAGGAAACCGGCUCCAAGGCAGCGUCGCCGUCAACUUCCCAGCGAUAUGCGCCGACCUCACCUUGCUCGACUUGCUGGAGUACGACGAGCUCAGCACGGACAACUUCAACGGCGAACUAUGGCCCAGCGUCGCAAGAUUCAGGAAAUUCAGCGUUGCUGAGAAUAACCUCACCGGGAGCGUCCCGUCGAGCACCUUUCCUGAUGGCUGCAGGCUCCAGACCUUAGACCUCUCCGCGAACCAGUUGGUCGGCAACUUUCCGGAUUCCAUGGCUAGGUGCUUGAAAUUGACGUGCAUGUCGCUUUGGGGGAAUAAUUUCUUUGGGAUGAUACCUACCGGAACCGGGAAGCUCACCGCUCUCGAUACAUUGAUUCUUGGGAACAACGGGUUCGAUCGACAGAUACCGACAAAGCUGACGAACUGCAGGAGGCUUAGGUUCUUGGAUAUCAGUACCAACAAGUUUGGAGGUGACAUGCAAGAGAUUUUUGGCUUGACCUCAGCUUCAACGAGUUCACUGGAGAACCCCCCUCCAGAGGUGUCCGAUAUGAAGAGCCUCAAGUACCUAAUGCUCGCCGAGAACAACUUCUCCGGCAGGAUACCUCUGGAGUACGACCAGCUAACCAAGCUCCAAGCGCUGGACCUGUCUAAUAACAUGCUCUCAGGAGGAAUCCCCGCGAGCAUUGGGAAUCUCACGUCACUCCUCUGGCUAAUGCUUGCCGGGAACCAACUCUCCGGCGAGAUACCGCCUGAAAUCGGCAACUGCACCAGCUUGCUCUUGCUGAACCUGGCCGACAAUCGCUUGACCGGCAAUAUCCCGCCGGAGAUGGCAGAGAUAGGGAGGAAUCCUGGUCCAACCUUCGCCAGGCCAUGA